AAGAAAAAAAAAAGAACAUUGUACUCCGUAGAACAUCGAAAUCGGGCAAAUCGUACAGUCACGUCUUCUCUGCAUCCCCUCUCCCCUCCUCCCGCAAUCGUAUCCUCCUCCUCUUAAAACCCUAACAACGAAAGCAGCAUCUUGUUGUAGACCCUAACCUCUGGUCGGCGGCGCCUCUACCAACCACCUCUCCUUCUCUGCUGCUGCUACUACUACUGGUAAUUUAUCUUAUUUUGCAGGGAGAUAAAAGUUCUAGUUUUGUGUGUGUAAAAUGAAAUCGGUGUCGGGGGAAGUAGUGUCUUGUGAGACUUUCCCUCUUUCCAAAGCUGCUAGGGUCCUGUCGAAUUUUGUGGCUGCAGACAAUGGAGCAUCCCCUGCAUUUGCUGCGUACUUGAGGCGCGCUUCAGCCUCCUUCAAUGAACUUGCUCAGCUUCAUAAAGAGCAUAAGAGGUCAGGAAGUCAAACCAAAGUCAAGAAGCAACAUUCCCAUGGCAUUGUCACUGACAGAAAUUUUGAGUCUGUUAUAAACAGUAGCAAGAGGAGGGAUCUUCAUCUUCGAGGUGUGAAUAACAGUGAAGAAGAAGCUGGAAGAAUUGAUGUUAGUUUGAAUGUUGAUGUGGAGACGAGGAGGCAUAAAAGCAAGAAUAGGAGAGAUGGAGGUGAGGGGAAACAUAAUGCAGGGAGCAGUGCUGUGAGCAUGGAAGUUGACAGGAAUAUGGAAGAUGUAGGAGGGGCUGGGAAGAAGUCAAAGAUAAAGAAGGAAAGCAGUGAUGGUGUUAAUGCAAUUGAGGUCAAGAAUGAUACAGAAAGCUUUGACGGAAGUAAAGAAAAGAAGAAAAAGAAGAGAGUCAAGCUUGAAAAAGAAAGUAAUGAUGGUACUCAAACUGUGGAAAACAAUGGUGAUGAGCCAAAGAAACACAAGAAGAGAAAGAACAAAAGUGAAAUAAAAGAAGAAAGUAUCAGUGGUGGCGUUAAGGUGGAAGAACCAAGAAAUGAUAGCAUGGGAGAUCAUAUAGAGAAUGUAGUUAAAGGUAGUAAAGCAAAGAAACAUAAGAAGAAACGAAAUCGUCAAGAGAAAGAAAGAGAAAGUGAGGGCAAGAUUAAAAUUGAGUCGUCCAACAACAAAGAAAGUAGAAAGAGGAAGCACGAGAGUGUCGCAGUGGGAGAAUUACAAGGCUCACAGGAAAAACACAAAUCAAAGAAAAAGAGAAGUAGCUGAUAGAUUAGAGUGAUACUCAAUUGUUAAGCCAAUUUUGGUUUCAAAAGUGUAAGUUGGUGGCAAUUUUUGGUUGAUCCUGGAACAUAACUUCAUGUUAUAUUGCUGAUUUUAGUUAAGUUAUUUUAUAAACUUGUACCAAGUAUGUGUUACCACUUACCUCUCCCAUUAGUACGGUAAUACCUUUGUUUUAUUGUUUGUAAAAUUGGUCUGUUUUAGUUUUGUCAAGGGAAAAUGGAGUCUCUUCCAAUUGAUGACGGUACAUGCUUAUCUA